AUGUCUACGCUUCUGUGGGAGAACUUGCAGCCCGUGCUCCAUCCGUGGCUUUACGAGGCAUUGAUCUCUUUGGAAUAUCCAGCUAUGACUCCAGUCCAAGCAUCCACAAUCCCGCUUUUCAGCAAAAACAAGGACGUUAUUGUUGAGAGUGUGACCGGAUCGGGAAAAACGCUAUCCUUCGUUGUACCUGUUUUGCAGCAUGUCUCCAAUCGGUUGUAUGGUUCUGUUGGCGCCGAAGAGCAGGUAGUACCACUCAAGAAGGGCCACUUUUUGGCGAUUGUGGUGGCUCCUACCAGAGAGUUGGCCAGCCAAAUCAAAGAUGUGUUUGACCGUAUAGUGGAGUAUCUUCCUGAGGGCAAGACGCCGAUCAGAACGCAGUUGGUGGUGGGCUCUUUAUCUUCCACUAGACAGAACUUGGAGGAUUUUUUGGGCUCGCGGAAUCAAAUAUUCGUGGGAACACCAGGCCGGUUGAAUGAAAUACUCUCGUCGUCGAAGGUUAGCACGCUGUCGGUCGAAGUGGCGGUAUUGGACGAAGCUGAUCGCUUGCUUGACUUGUCGUUCGAGACAGAGGUCGAGUCGAUCUUGAAAAUGCUCCCGAAACAGAGGAGAACGGGUCUUUAUUCAGCUACUUUGUCUGCUGCAGGCGAUCGUGUUUUCCGCACAGGACUAAUGAAUCCAGUCCGUAUUUCGGUUCAGAGUAAGUCGUCCAAGAGAGCCGCUCCAACAUCUUUGAGCAUUCAGUACAUGCUCGUAGAUCCGGAAAGGAAACUUAGUACGUUCAGAGGUCUUGUGAAGGAGUACAGGUUUAAAAAGUGUAUUGCCUAUUUCCCUACAUGUGCAAGUGUCAAGUUUUUCUAUGAGAUUUUGACUAAGGUGUUUCAAGAUGAAGAUUUAAAAUUGUUCUCAUUACACGGACAGAUAUCAACCUCAAACAGAAUGAAAACACUUCAGUCAUUUGUCGAUGGUGAUUCCUCCGAGAAGAAAUACAUUCUUAUGACUACAGAUGUGGCUGCCAGAGGUAUCGAUGUUCCUGAUGUCGACUUGGUGGUACAGCUUGAACCACCCACUGAUCCAGACAUGUUUUUGCAUAGAUGUGGCCGCACGGGAAGAGCCAACAAAAUCGGUCGUGCUUUGGUGUUCUUGAAUAAAGAUUCCACAGAGGAAGACUAUGUGCCAUUCAUGGAGGUCAAAAAAGUCGAAAUGUCUGAGAUGGACACAUUUAACACCGAUAAGAUUCAUCCAAUCAUGUCUGAGAAAAUUAAGAAAUAUAUGCUCGAGGAUAGAGCUAGACACGAGGCUGCUGUGAAAGCAUAUGUUGGCUUCGUUCGUUACUACCAGAAACACAUUGCUUCGUCCAUUUUCCGGUUGCAAUCGCUAGACUAUCUCGGAACGGCAAGAAUGUAUGGCCUUCUUCGACUCCCCAAAAUGCCAGAGACAAGAUUCAUUCCUAGUGAAAAGUUUCCACAGGACGGAUGGCUCACAGAUCUCAAGUUAGACAUGGACACGUUCGCAUAUGCAGAUAAAGACAAAGAAAGAGUACGUUUGGAAACUUUAGAAGAAACCAAGGCCAAACUCAUCAAAGAUGCCAAGACCAGAAAGUUGUUGAAGAAGAAAAAUGAGUCUUGGUCUUCUAAAACAGAAACUAAGGAUGCAAAAGCCACCCGUCGUGAGAAACAGCAAAAGAAGAGAGACGCCAUUCAGCAGCAAAUAAUGGAGGAAGGUUCGUCUGAUGAAGACACUCAACAAGACUGGAAAGAUAUGUUGAGGCAGAACAAGAAGCAAAAGACUGCUGCACUGGCUGUACAGGGUUCCUUCGAUGAUUUAUAA